CGCGCAACUGCUGUUCUGAUCAGCUGACUGUGAGUGUGAUGCUGCGCUGAAGGACCUGCGAGUCGAAACCCUGCUAUUCUCUGCGCUAUGCAUGGGAAGCUGCCGCUGUUCCAUUGAAAUACAGCGUGCGGAUCAAACACUGACGCCGUCGGACCCGUCGUAACCUCCUUACAUCAGAGACCUGGUGGACGAGCCUCCCUCCAGUAGCCAUGACAGAAUUCUGGUUGAUCUCUGCUCCGGGGGAGAAGACGUGCCAGCAGACGUGGGACAAGCUGAUGCUGGCCACCACUCGCACCAACAACCUUUCCACCAACAACAAGUUCAACAUCCCUGACCUGAAGGUUGGGACCCUGGAUGUUCUGGUGGGCCUGUCGGAUGAGCUGGCUAAGCUCGACACUUUUGUGGAAAGUGUGGUGAAGAAGGUCGCUCAGUACAUGGCCGAUGUUCUGGAGGACAGUCGAGACAAAGUCCAGGAGAAUCUGCUGGCCAAUGGAGUUGAUCUGGUCACCUACAUCACCAGAUUUGGGUGGGACAUGGCAAAAUAUCCAAUCAAACAGUCACUGAAAAACAUCUCUGAAAUCAUCUCCAAGCAAGCGUCUCAGAUCGACAACGACCUGAAGGCUCGGGCUUCGGCUUAUAACAACCUCAAGGGAAAUCUGCAGAAUUUGGAACGGAAGAACGCAGGGAGUUUGUUGACCAGGAGUCUGGCAGAAAUAGUGAGGAAAGAGGACUUUGUGCUGGACUCUGAGUACCUGAUCACCAUGCUAGUGGUUGUCCCAAAGACCAGCUAUGCUGACUGGCAGAAGACCUAUGAAACCCUGGCAGAAAUGGUCGUGCCCCGCUCCACCAAGCUGCUGUUUGAAGACAACGACAGCGGCUUGUUCAGUGUCACGCUCUUCAGGAAGGCUAUUGACGAUUUCAAACACAAGGCCAGAGAAAACAAGUUUACGGUGCGGGAUUUCCAGUACAAUGAGGAGGAGAUGAAGGCAGACAAGGAAGAGAUGACGCGUUUAUCAACUGACAAGAAGAAACAGUUUGGUCCGUUGGUGCGAUGGCUCAAAGUGAAUUUCAGCGAAGCCUUCAUUGCGUGGAUUCACAUCAAGGCUCUGCGCGUGUUUGUGGAGUCGGUGUUGAGAUACGGGCUGCCGGUCAACUUCCAGGCCAUGCUGCUGCAGCCCAACAAGAAGAACAUGAAGAAGCUGAGGGAGGUGCUGGAUGAGCUGUAUAAACAUCUGGACAGCAGUGCCGCCAUCAUUGAUGCAUCGAUGGACAUCCCCGGGCUGAACCUGAGUCAGCAGGAGUACUACCCCUACGUUUACUACAAGAUCGACUGCAACCUGCUCGACUUCAAAGUCUAGAAGCAUCCUUUUCUGAUAUAUGUUCACAUCCCCAAACUAUUUACACACAGCUUUCUCAUGUUUUAUUAUUUGCCUGGGUCCAUGUGGAAGAAGUGGUUGCAAACCAGAACCAGACUUUUUACCAUCCCUGUUCGCUUGCCGUCGUACCACUCUGUAAAAGUGAACAGCAUCUAGGUUUACACCCACCGAAACAGUUUACAUUCCCCUUUUUAUAUAUUUUUUCCCUAUUUUGCUUUACUUAAAUUAACUCAAAGAAAAAAUGAGGAGAAAAACAAAUGUAUGUUAAAUGUAAUAUGUAUUUAAAGCCUCUGCAAUGUUUUUGUCGUUCAGUUUUUGGAUGUGAUGUGUUUUUAGCUCCGUCUAUAAAUAGAUGUUGACUAUUGUUUUCCUAAAUCAACAUAUUGUAUGAUCCUGGGAAAUAAGAAGCAAUAUGUUUGGUGAGUGUUCACUCCAGUCAUUUCUGUAUAUGAAGCAGUUAUAAGAAAGGAUUAUGGGUCAAUGUGCAAAUACUGUAUUGUAUAAAACUGAACCAGGUAUAUUAUGUGAAAAUAAAUGCUCUAAAGAAAA